AUGGAGAAGGAGGUCGAACGCUAUGUCAAGUCAUGUCACGGAUAUCGGAUAACAUCUGCCAUGCCUUCUCCAGAGCUGAUUACCAUUACACCACUGCCAUCAGGACCAUGGCAAACCAUUGCUAUUGAUUUGUUGGGUCCUCUGCCAUCGAAGGACUACAAUUUUGUUGUUGUUGACUAUGAUAGUCUCUACUAUGAGAUUGACAUCAUGAAGGAUAAAUCUAGUGAAAUGAUCAUUGCAUCACUAGAGAAGAUGUUCCUUCAACAUGGUCUUCCAUUCAGUGUUACAUCUGACAACGGUCCUCACUACAUAUCGCAGACGUUUGAAGACUAUCUCACCAGGAGAGCAUCGGAUCGAGGGUUGCCCCUCCACAUCCAGCUGCGAAUGGGGAGGUUGAGCGACAGAAUAGGUCAAUCAUGA